UCAAGGGAGCCUCGGCCCCAUCUGAACCAGAACACAUUUGUCACUGAUGCUGAUGAGUGCUGUGCUGUGGGGGGCCGCUCUGCCUGGAAGCCCCCCAUAACUGCUCUCAGAUUUUGGGGGUGUUGUGCUGUGGGGGGCCGCUCCGCCUAGAAGGCCCCCAUAGCUGCUCUCAGAUUUUGGGGGUGCUGUGCUGUGGGGGGUCGCUCUGCCUGGAAGGCCCCCAUAAGCUGCUCUCAGGUUUUUAGGAUCUGCAAGGCAGAGGGGCAAGGUGGAAAGAUUUUCAUGCGUAUCUGGAACACAGAACACAAGAAAGAGAAAGAAAAUUUUCUCAAGCUACUGCUGAACCUGAAAAGCUCAGCUCGCAGAGGGACUGUCUCCUGAGGCCUCACGCUCCUGGGAACUAAUCCAUGAUGCAGCAAAGGCUUCCGUGAUGUCACCCAUUUCCUGCUCUGGACUGACCAAUGCCGUCCUGCUUCCUCCAGGCACCUGUGCACCGAAGUUGAGCCACAACUCAGGCGGCCCACGGAGCUGCUGAGUUCACCCACGGGGAUGAGAGCUGCCCGCUCGCUGCUGCUUUGAAAGCCCUAGACAUACACACUCAGAAAGGUCUGUAGAUGGCUCCUAGAAGGUCUUGACUUGCUCCCUGGAAACACUGUGUUACUGCGUUUCCCGGCACACUGCUCCCCAGUCGACUAUGAACCGGUGGAACUCUGCCAAUGAGCCAGACCCCAGCCCCAUGCCCUUGUGCGCGGUGUGUGGCCAAGCUCACUCCCCUGAGGAAAACCACUUCUACACCUACGCGGAAGAUGUGGACGACGACCUCAUCUGCCACAUCUGCCUGCAAGCACUGCUGGACCCUCUGGACACCCCGUGUGGACACACCUACUGCACCCUCUGCCUCACCAACUUCCUGCUGGAGAAGGACUUCUGCCCUGUGGACCGCAAGCCCCUGGUCCUGCAGUGCUGCAGGAAGUCCAGCAUCCUGGUCAACAAGCUGCUCAACAAGCUGCUGGUGGCCUGCCCUUUCCCCGAGCACUGCGCUGCGGUGCUGCCGCGCUGUGACUUGGAGCAGCACUUCCAAACCAGCUGUAAAGGUGCCUCCCACUAUGGUCUCACCGAAGACCGGAAGAGACGCUCCCAAGAUGGCUGUGCAGAGGGCUGGGCGAGCCUCACGGCCACGGCGCUGUCCCAGGAGAUUUCUGCAGCUGCCACCAUCUCCUUAAUGUCCGACGAGCCUGGCCUGGACAACCCUGCCUAUGUGUCUGCGGUGGAGGACAGCCAGCCAGCACACAGUCCGGCAGACUCUGGCCGGAGCAGCCGAACUAGGGCACGACCCUUUGAACGAUCUACUAUCAGAAGCAAGUCUUUUAAAAAAAUAAAUCGAGCCUUGAGUGUUCUUCGAAGGACAAAGAGUGGGAGUGUAGUUGCCAACCAAGCUGACCAGAGCAGGGACAAUUCUGAAAAUACUGCUGCCCUGGAAGUCUUUCCAAGGUUGUAUCACCUGAUUCCAGAUGGUGAAAUUACCAGCAUCAGAAUCCAUCGAGUGGAUCCCAAUGAAAGUCUCUCCAUUAGGCUCGUGGGAGGCAGCGAAACCCCACUGGUCCAUAUCAUCAUCCAACAUAUUUAUCGUGAUGGUGCAGUUGCCAGAGACGGCCGACUCCUGCCAGGAGACAUCAUACUGAAGGUCCAUGGGAUGGACAUCAGCAACGUCCCUCACAACUACGCAUUGCGCCUCCUGCGCCAGCCCUGCCAGGUGCUGCGGCUGACUGUGCUGCGUGAGCAGAAGUUCCGAAACAGGAGCCACGGACAGGCACUGGACACCUAUGGACCCCGGGAUGACAGUUUCCAUGUGAUUCUCAACAAAAGUAGCCCUGAGGAGCAGCUCGGAAUAAAACUGGUGCGAAGGGUGGACGAGCCUGGGGUGUUCAUCUUCAACGUGUUAGAUGGCGGUGUGGCAGACCGACACGGUCAGCUGGAGGAGAACGAUCGUGUGUUGGCCAUCAAUGGACAUGACCUUCGCUAUGGCAGCCCAGAAAGUGCAGCUCAUCUGAUUCAGGCCAGUGAAAGACGCGUCCAUCUCAUCGUGUCCCGCCAGGUCCGAGGACAGAGCCCUGACAUCUUUCGGGAAGCCAGCUGGAGCAGCAAUGGCAGCCAGUCCCCAGGGCCAGGGCAGAGGAGCAACUCUCCCAAGCUCCCUCAUCCUGCAGUUACUUGUCGGGAGAAGGUUGUGAGUAUCCGAAAAGACCCCAGUGAAUCUCUUGGCAUGACCGUUGCAGGGGGAGCAUCCCACAGGGAAUGGGAUUUGCCAAUCUAUGUCAUCAGUGUCGAGCCUGGAGGAGUCAUAAGCAGAGAUGGAAGAAUAAAAACAGGUGACAUUUUGUUGAAUGUGAAUGGGACUGAGCUAACAGAGGUGAGCCGGAGCGAGGCAGUGGCAUUACUGAAAAGCACGUCGUCCUCAGUGGUGCUCAAAGCUUUGGAAGUCAAGGAACAUGAGCCAGAGGAAGACUGCAGCAGCCAUGCAGCCCUGGACUUCAACCACAACAUGGCCCCACCUAGCGACUGGUCCCCAUCCUGGGUCAUGUGGCUGGAAUUACCUCGGUACUUGUAUAACUGUAAAGAUGUUAUAUUACGAAGAAACACAGCUGGAAGUCUGGGCUUCUGCAUUGUAGGAGGUUACGAAGAAUACAAUGGGAACAAACCUUUUUUUAUCAAAUCCAUUGUUGAAGGAACACCAGCAUACAAUGAUGGAAGAAUUAGGUGUGGUGAUAUUCUUUUGGCUGUCAAUGGCAGAAGUACAUCAGGAAUGAUACACGCUUGCUUGGCAAGGACGCUGAAAGAACUUAAAGGAAGAAUAACUCUCACUAUUGUUUCUUGGCCUGGCACUUUUUUAUAGAUUCAAUGAUGGGUCCAAAAAAAUACAGAAAGAUCAUAAACAGGCUAAGUUGAAACAGUAUAUUUAUCUUGUUGAUUUUUGUAUUUAAAGAAUAUAUUGUAAAAAUGUCAGAAGUAUGAUGUAAUGAAAGCCAGUCACAGCCUCAGAAAAUGACUGAAAAAAUAAAAAUUACUAACAGUUUUUAUUCAGUGUGGAGGAUUUUUUAUUACUCCACAAUGUUAAGUUUAUAUUUUUCUAUUCAAUAAAAAGCCCUUAAACAGCUAAAAUUUGUAUGCCCCACUGAAUUCAAAUUGAAGUUAAACAUGAUAUAUGCUGAGGUCUGCAAAGGGUGAAAUACCAACAUUUUAAUUGAAAGCCAAAAGAUUUUUAAAAUGCAUUGCUGAGAAACGUUCCUUUCAUCAAAUGAGAAAUAAAUACUUUUCAAAAAUUAUAGUUGUCUUUUAGAAUGUGAUGAUAAUUAUGUUCCUGUUAUUACCACUCCUAGUAUUUAGUUCUUUCAAAUACCAUGUUAUUUGUUAUUGCUGACAAAUACCUCUUAGGUUAUCCCUAAAAAUGCUCAAAGAAUUAUACACUUGUGUUUUCUU